UCUAAUACACUGGAAAAUCAAAGCGCGAGCCUCCCUCUUUCACACACCAGCGUUGCGCGUGGUGCACAGCACACAGAGCAACCUUCCUUCUCCUCUCGCUCGCUGUUUUUCCAUCUGCAGUUUCCCAUAAAGUUUUUUAAACAGAUAUAUGUUAAAACUUUUUUUAAUUAUAUGAUCUUUUUAGCAUCCAGAAAAAAAAAAACUCUUUAUGUUUAUUUCAUUAUAUUUCAACCUUCUCAGCUGUAAAGGUGACAGGCUUUAUGAGACAAAGCAUGUCUGGGUGAGGUUAUUUUUACGCACGCCGCGGAAAUGGAACAUAGACUGUGCAGAGGCAGCUGGAUUCCAGUGACUGGUCUGGUCAUAUGUCUACUUCUAUGUGCUUGUGUGGUGGACCUUGUUCUUGCGCAGAUUCGGUACUCCAUCCCAGAGGAGCUGGAUCACGGAGCUUUUGUUGGCAACAUCGCAGAAGACCUGGGUCUAGAUGUGGCUAAGCUUUCAGCCCGGAGGUUCCGCAUCGUCUCUGGCGCAAAGAAGCAGUAUUUAGAAGUGAAUUUGGAGAAUGGAAUCCUAUUUGUUAACGAAAAGAUGGACAGAGAGGAGCUCUGUGAAAGACGCCCGAGCUGUUUUCUACAUCUGCAAGUUGUCAUUGAAAAUCCAUUAGAACUGUACAGAGUUGAAGUGGAGAUUUUAGAUGUGAAUGACAACUCCCCCAGCUUUCCAUGGACUGAGUUUAAUCUCGACAUCACAGAGUCUGCUGCACCUGGCUCUCGCUUUCCUUUAGAGAGCGCACAGGACCAGGACGUGGGUACAAACUCACUGCGCUCCUACCAGCUGAGCUCAAACCAGCACUUUGUGCUCAACAUCCAGACGCGCAAUGAUGGAAGCAAGUUUGCUGAGCUGGUGCUGGACACCCCGCUUGACAGGGAGCAGCAAAAAAGGCACGAGAUGGUUCUUACUGCUUUUGAUGGAGGUUCACCGGAACGCACUGGGACAGCGCUGAUAACCAUCACUGUGUUAGAUGCCAACGAUAACGUGCCUGUGUUUGACCGCUCAGUUUACAGGGCGAGCUUGGUGGAAAAUGCACCCAGGGGAACGCUGGUGCUCAAGUUAAACGCCACAGACUUGGAUGACGGCUCAAAUGGGGAAGUUACAUAUGCGUUUAGCGGGCAUGCACCUUUAAAGGUGCGCGAGUUAUUCAGCGUGGACCCCUACAUGGGUGAGAUACGUGUCAAGGGCGUCGUGGACUAUGAGAAAGCCAGUGUUUAUGAACUGUACGUUCAAGCAAAAGAUAGAGGACCGUCAGCAGUAGCAGUGCACAGUAAAGUGCUGGUGGACAUCCUGGAUGUGAAUGACAACGCACCCGAAGUUAUCCUCACGUCAGUGUCCACACCUGUCCAGGAGGACGCACCGCCAGGCACAGUAAUAGCAGUGAUCAGCGUCAUGGAUCGAGACUCGGGAGAGAAUGGGAAUGUGGACUGCCAGAUUCCAAAUAAUGUGCCCUUUCAGCUCCAUUCAUCUUUUAAAAACUAUUACACUCUUGUCACCAGCGAGCCUCUGGACAGGGAGACUGUGUCUGAGUUUAACAUCACUCUCACAGCUAGAGACUUGGGCUCUCCUUCACUCUCUACCAGGAAAACAAUCCUGGUGCAAGUGUCUGACAUUAAUGACAACCCCCCGAGGUUCUCUCAACCUUCAUACACAGUUUAUGUGACCGAGAAUAAUGCCCCAGGCGCUUCCAUUUGCUCUGUAUCUGCAUUCGACCCUGAUUCUAACCAGAACGCCUAUCUGUCUUUUUCUAUUCUGGAGGGUCAAAUUCAGGGCAUGCCAGUGUCCACUUAUGUCUCCAUCAACUCUGACAAUGGCAACAUCUACGCACUCCGCUCAUUUGAUUAUGAGCAACUCAGAAACUUUCAGAUUCUGGUGCAGGCUCAAGAUGCUGGUUUCCCCCCUCUCGCCAGUAAUGUCACAGUCAAUGUGUUUGUUUUGGACCAGAAUGAUAAUGCACCGCUCGUUAUCUCCCCACUGCCCAAAAAUGGAACCGUGGCCACCGAAGUGAUACCACGCUCUGUGGACGCGGGGUAUCUCGUUACCAAAAUAACGGCGGUAGACGCAGACGCAGGUCAGAACUCCAGGCUGUCAUAUCAGGUGUUGCAGGCGACAGACCCGGGUUUAUUAAGCGUGGCUCUGUACACGGGUGAAAUCAGGACUAUUCGCCGCUUAGUUGAAAAAGAUGCAACAAGGCAGAGGCUGGUAAUAUUAAUCAAGGACAACGGGCAGCCUCCGCUCUCUGCCACAGCCUCUAUUGUCCUCACAGUUGUUGAGAGCGUGCCUGAGUCGCUGUCAGAUUUUGGAGACCUCACACUGAGCCCCAAACCACCAUCAAACCUCGCCUUGUAUCUAAUCGUCUCACUCAGCACAAUAUCCUUGAUAUUCCUGGUGGCUAUCAUAGUGCUGGCCGCCAUCAAGUGCUAUAAGGACAGGGAGACCCACAGCGGUUACAACCUGCCCCCUUUCGCCUGCUGCUGCUGUGGGGGAUUUCAAGCAGAGCCGCCUCCGGAGGUGUUUAAAAAAUCCAACCUUAACUUGCAGAUUUCAUCCGCUGCCAAAGUACCCACGAACUGCAUGGAGGUGAAUGGAAAUAGCAGUUUUUCUCAGUCAUACUGUUAUAAAGCCUGUUUGACCCCCGAAUCAGCCAAAAGUGACUUUAUGUUUCUGAAGCCGUGCAGCCCGAGCAGCACGCCGAGGAACAACGAGGCGAAGAGCGCGGACAACUCGUGGAACGCGCACAGCCGAAGCGCAUCUGUGAACAACGGAGCAACAACUCCAAGCGAGCUAAAGCAACCAAAUACAGAUUGGACUCUCACAAAGACUCAAAACUCCUCCAUCAAAAGGUACCAUGGUAACUUAAGUAGUUACAACUCAAUCAACAUGGAUGGAACCCUCAUGCGUAAGGCCAUGCAUGCUGACCCAGAGAACUAUGUCACCUCAAUGGCACCUGGACAGUACUGGACAUGGGGGACUCAAAUGAAAGGCUCAAAAGACUUCAAAAUGUCCCCAUCACCUAGUGGGGUCCCAUCUCGCCCCUGGACUCCUCACUGCACGCCUCCUCCACAACAGCAGCAGCCAUCAAUUCCCUCACAUCCACACCCACAUCCACAUCCACACCCACCACCCGACUACCACCACAACGUCUACAUCCCCGGAACUCCAUCAGGCUUUUGCACCCUGCGGCCCACAGUACAGCGAAGCGAACUGGACGUUCACAAUUCUUUCUCCACUUUUGGCAAGAAAAGACGUCUUCAGAUGUCUCCGCAAGGAGAAGCUGCAGUGAUAAAUAAUGAUCUGUAUAAUGACUGAAUCUCCAUUGGCUGACCCAAUUGGCACGGAAACAACACAUUCAGCGGAACAUUAUAUUGAUAUUUAUAAAUGAUUUAAAAAGGGAGAUGAUCAGAAAACCCCAGAAGAAUAUGGAAUAUUUAAUGGACAGUGUUCUUUUGGGAAAUCUGAUAGUUCUUUAUCCAACUUAUCACUGAAACAAUGUCAAUGUGUCUACCUGCUAUUAUAACAAUGUGUCUACCUGCUAUUAUAUUAUCAUCAAUAUAGUCAUUUUUGAUCAUGAUUAUAAUUUAGACAAUCAAAGUGCAGCUCAAUUCCAUUCAAAAUGAAAAACGUGCACCAUGAUUUUGCACAUCUUAUUUUUUGUUUGUUUUGUUUUUUUUAUGUUUAUUUGCUAGCAAAGCUUGUGUAAAUAUGACAAAUAUUAUGUAAAUGUAUUAUACAAGCUGCACUAUGAUGCAGGCUACUGUAACGAGGGGCUAUUUCCCCCUACAUAUGUACUGUACAC